AGAAGCUUCUAUUCUUUGUCCCCACUUACCCUUACAUUUAUUUCUUUCAACAUACCUACUUCUAUCCCUUUCUCUCUCUAUGCAACCGCGGCACGCUCAUCAAUGCCUUCAUACAUUUGCCUUCCUAUGUUCAGAGGCUUCUCAUAUGGGAGGGGAAGUGCAAUUUCCCUCCCUAUGUGAAUGACAAGAGAUUUUAUCCUUGUGGAGUGGGUCUUUCUCAAAGGGUAGGUUGAUAAGGAUCCAACAAGGAAAAAAAGGGAGCAAAUCCCCUCAUCUCCUUUCUUUAUUUUAUCACACGGCCCCAUACCUUUAACAUCUUGUCAUUUGUUUCCUAGUCCUUGGUCUUUAGCUCUCCAUUGCAGGAUUUAACCAAGACUGGAGGGAGCUGGAGAAGAACAGGCGGUUUACAUUGUUCUGCAUUUCAUUCUCCUCCGCGCCUUGAUAAGUAGAGCCAGUUCUUGACCAUAAGCCCCUAGCCACAGCACAAUGCCGGAGACAAACUCAACAAGCUCUCUCAGUAUGGAAGUGGGAAUAGAUAUACACAAAGUCAGCUUGCCUCCACCGAAAAGUACCCUGCAGCGCUUGAAAGCUAAGAUUAAGGAGACCUUCUUCCCGGAUGACCCACUUCGCCAAUUCAAAGGGCAGUCAUGCGGCAGAAAAUGGAUCCUUGCCCUUCAAUAUUUCUUCCCCAUCCUCCAAUGGGGACCUAACUAUAGCUUUAAGCUGCUUAAGUCUGAUAUCAUCUCCGGUCUUACCAUAGCAAGUCUUGCCAUUCCGCAGGGCAUUAGCUACGCCAAGCUUGCGAAUCUGCCACCAAUAAUUGGCUUGUACUCUAGUUUUGCCCCACCCUUGGUGUACGCGGUGUUCGGAAGUUCGAGGGAUCUUGCUGUUGGUCCUGUGUCGAUUGCAUCUUUGGUACUUGGUUCCAUGCUUAGAGAAGAAGUCUCCCCAACAAAAGAUCCCCUCUUGUUUCUUCAACUUGCUUUCACUACGACGUUCUUUGCGGGUGUUUUCCAAGCUUCUUUAGGCCUACUAAGAUUGGGUUUCAUUAUAGAUUUCCUGUCCAAGGCAACUCUGAUAGGGUUCAUGGCCGGAGCUGCAGUCAUAGUAUCUCUCCAGCAGCUAAAGAGCCUCCUUGGUAUCACAAAUUUCGCUAAAGAAAUGGCAAUUGUCCCUGUCAUGAGCUCGGUGUUUCACAGGAGAGAUGAGUGGUCCUGGCAAACUAUCCUUAUGGGAUUCUGUUUCUUGGUUUUUCUCAUUGGUGCCAGGCAAAUAAGCUUGAGAAGGCCAAAGUUAUUUUGGGUGUCAGCGGCCGCUCCGUUAGCAUCAGUAGUUAUAUCAACAGUGGUGGUCUUCGCGUUCAAAGCUGAGAAGCAUGGCAUAAGCAUAAUUGGACACUUGCAAGCAGGGCUGAACCCUCCUUCUUGGGACUUGCUGCACCUCCACGACCGUUACUUAUCGCUUGUUGUCAAAACCGGAAUAAUGACGGGCAUCGUUUCACUCACUGAAGGGAUUGCUGUUGGCAGGACGUUUGCUUCGCUCAAGAACUACAAGGUUGAUGGUAAUAAAGAAAUGAUGGCCAUCGGAUUAAUGAACAUGGUUGGGGCUUGCACCUCCUGCUACGUCACAACAGGCUCAUUCUCGCGAUCAGCCGUGAACCACAACGCAGGCUGCAAAACUGGACUGUCCAACAUAGUGAUGGCAGUGACGGUCAUGGUGACCCUCCUCUUCCUCAUGCCUCUCUUCCUCUACACGCCGAACGUAGUGCUGGGCGCCAUCAUCGUCACCGCAGUGAUAGGCCUCAUGGACUACCAGGCCGCCUACCUCAUCUGGAAGGUGGACAAGCUCGACUUCGUCGUCUGCUUGAUUGCGUUCUUUGGCGUCAUCUUCAUAUCUGUUCAGGCGGGUCUAGCGAUUGCAAUAGCCAUCUCCAUAUUCAAGAUACUUCUUCAUGUCACGAGGCCCAGAACGGUUGCACUUGGGCGGAUACCCGGGUCUGAUAUCUACCAGAACAAGGACAACUAUAAGGAGGCCGUGAACGUGCCAGGGUUUCUGAUCCUUCGAGUCGAGUCUCCCAUCUACUUUUCCAGCUCUUCUUAUUUGCAAGAAAGAAUAAUGAGGUGGGUGGAAGAUGAAGAAGAGAACUGCAAACAGAAGCAUGAGCGCCUACAAUUCAUCGUAUUAGACAUGUCUGCCGUGACAACAAUGGACACGAGCGGUAUCUCAAUGCUCACGGAAUUAAGAAAAUCCAUAGACAAGAGAGGCCUUCAGUUUGUGUUGGCUAAUCCAGUGGGAGAAGUGACGGAGAAGCUCCAGAGGGCAGACUUGCUGCAGAGUUUUGGUGUGGAUGGCUUGUUCUUGACAGUUGGUGAAGCCGUUGUUUCCCUGUCCUCGACUUGGAAAGGACAGCCAUGAAGAAAGUUGCUCCGUGUCCUUCCAUUCGAUGGCCCAAAACUGAAGGAGGUUCCGCUAGUCCCGAACUUGUGCGACGAUCUGCUGAUCCACAAUUCAAAUGUCUGGGAUCAACCAAUGGCCUUGUAAUUCAAGUUAUCAAGUCUAGCAUGUGUAACAAGUUUCUUUUCCCACUAUCAUGUUCCUUCUUCGUUUC